UAUCGGAAACGGAAAAAAAGAAAAAAAUGGAGAAGAAAUCAUAUUUUUCUUAUAUUUUCCGUGUUUUAUUUCUCAUAAAUUGUGUUAAUUGCCUGCCAGAGCAAGGAGUGUGGAAAGCAAAUUUUGAUGAGGUCCAUUAUAUUCAUUCCUUUCCGAGAAGUUUAUAUGUACACACUAAAGUUAGAGUUGCAAUUCAUUGUGAAGAAGAUACCAACAUAUCUAUCAAAUGGAUGCUCAGAAGAAGUCCCUGCUCCAAUGAAUAUGAAAGUAUAGAUGGGCAACCAUUACUAGCUAAAGCAUAUUUAGAUCAACCUGAAGUGUUGUUAUCAGAUGAAUUGAGUUAUUCAAAAGUAGAAUAUUUAGAUGAGUUAAUAACAAAUCUUCAAUGUAAUGGACAUACUGAUUUGACGAGUAACCAUAAAAACAAAUUUAAAACCAGAAUUACCAUAAUACCUGGGAGUAAUGAGGUUAAUAAAACUAAUGCAGCUGCUUCACCAGCUAGCAAUUCAGUGCAAUCAGCAGACUCAAAGGGGAACAAUUCUAACAGUCGAAGAAAGAGAGCAGAGGCUACAAAAGCCCCACAGGCAGGACCUACACCAACAACUAAGGCCCCUGUUAUGUCAGCAACUCCCACCCUUAAAACAACAACUGCUAUUUUAAAGGAAGAAGAUGACUAUCUGGUUGAAGCCUGGGUCGAUGGAUACUAUAUUUUUAUAUUAGAAAUUCAUGUCAAAGCUAAUGUAACAAUUAAAUUUGACAGUCAACAUGGAUACAUAGGAGCUAUAGAAUGGCCUCUUUUAGUGUUUUUUGGUGUAAUGGGUUUGAUGUAUAUAAUAUUAGGUUUAGUGUGGCUGGUGUUACUGGCUUGUAACUGGAGAGAUUUAUUACGUGUUCAGUUUUGGGUUGGAGGUGUUUUAGUUUUAGGCAUGUUGGAAGCGGCAGUAUUUUUUGGAGAAUAUGAAAACAUCACCAAAACAGGAGUGUCUGUGAGAGGUGCCAUAGUAUUUGCAGAGAUUGUGUCUUCAUUGAAAAGAACUCUAGCUAGAAUGUUGGUUAUUGUUGUCAGUUUAGGUUUUGGCAUUGUCAAACCAAGAUUAGGCCCUACCUUUCAUAAAGUACUAUGUGUUGGAGGUCUAUAUUUUGUUGUCAGUACUGUGGAAGGCUGUAUGAGAGCUUUAAAGAAAACUAGUACCCCAACUAAAGAUGUAUUAAUAGUGGGUGUACCUUUAGCUGUAAUUGAUGCUGUUAUCUGUUGGUGGAUAUUUUCGGGUUUAGUACAAACCACUAGAACAUUAAGAUUACGAAGAAAUGUUGUAAAGUUAUCUCUAUAUAGACAUUUUACAAAUACUCUUAUAUUUGCUGUUAUAACUUCCAUAAUUUUUAUGAUAUGGUCUGUUUCACAACAUAGAUUUAAACACUGUUUAACAGAUUGGAAAGAGUUAUGGGUAGAUGUAGCUUUCUGGCAUUUGUUGUUUUUACUGUUGUUGUUUAUUAUUAUGAUCUUGUGGAGACCAUCUACAAACAAUCAAAGGUAUGCAUUUUCACCAUUAUUGGAUGCUGCGGAUGAAGAAGAUGAUGAAAAUGUAAUGCAUGAUGCUUUUGCUGGUAUGAAAAUGAGAGGAACUAAAUCUCAGAGUAAUGGUUCUCCACGACAGAAAGAUUCUAACGCAGAAGACGAUUUGAAAUGGGUUGAAGAUAACAUUCCCUCAUCUAUAACAGAUAAAGCUCUACCUAGUUUACUGGAUUCAGAUGAAGAAAUAAUGACGACCAAAUUUGAGAUGUCAAAAAUGGAGUAAAAAACCUUAAAUUGUUGAUUUUUAUGACGUGUAAUUGAUGCUUUGUUGUGAUUUUUUUGCCAUAAUAUCAUUUUGUAUGUUUCAUAAAUUAACAAGUGUAGCCUAAUCAUGUAUUUCAAGUUUUGCAAAGAUAUUUGUGCAUUUUAAGUCCAAAACAAUUAUUUUUUGGUAAUUUAACUGGUAAUAAUCACAAUUUAAGCUAUGUUUUAAUUACUAAUUAUUAUACUUAUUAUACAAAGUAAACUGUAAGUACAUGUAGUUGGAAUUAUCCAUAGAUUUGUAUAAAUAUCUUUGCUGUACUUUCGUCUACAUUGAAUGCUGAAUAAGGCUACCCUAUGGUUUGUAGGCUUAUUACUUAUUAUAUUUUAUGCAAGGCCUUCUCCUAUUGGUUAUGAUGAUAAUUCUGAGUAGCUGUGGUAAUUUUUGGUGGGUAAAUGGUUAGAUAAUUAUCUUACAUUAAGAGUGUGGUGGGCAUUAUUGGAAAAAAAAUUCUAGCUUUGUCAAAUAUAAGCUAUUAUGAAGAAUAGGUUUGAAAAGUCAACAUACAGAAGUCUUUUGUGGUGGCAGAUAUUUUUAUGUCAAAUUAUUUUUGUCUGAUUUUUUUUAGAAACUGGUUCAGAUUUCCUAUGUUAAUACUCAGCAUAAGAUAGCAUGUUUGAGAUCCUUUUUUUCUCUUUGGGUAGAUCUCUCCUCUGGUUCUUUUUUUGAUGAACUUUUGUUAAUUUGAUUAAGGUACUUGAUGUAAAUUUAGUUUAUUAACAGGAAUUCUGUAAAAUAAUUGGUGAAUAAAACUAAAAUCAAUAUUAGAUAUUAACAAGAUGUCAUAGUAACAGGAGUAUAGCACAAUUCUUACUCUGGUCCUUAAAGCAGCUUCUUAGAAUGAACACAAAAUUUAGAUUCCCAAAUUUAGACAAUAAAACUUAGUAAGUAUCCAUAACAUGAGUAAUCAGGAAAAAUGCAGAGAUUAUUUGAAAUAGUAUCAUUGAGUUAUCACUGUUAGUAAAAAGUCAUAGUGGGAUUUUUUAUCAUUAGCCAGACUAGACUGGUUAAUAGUGUCAAUUCAACAUCCCUGCUGUCAGAGAUCUCAUAACAUUGUUUUCAUUGUUGUAAAUAAAUGUCAAUGCUGUCUAAUGUCUAUGCACAUUUCAGUAUAUUUGUUUUUGACAGAAAUUGGCCUUCAUUUUUUAAUAUUGACAAAAUUGAGUCAGUUUUCGAAAUAUUUCACUUGGAUAAAGGUACUGAAAAUUAUGUUUUAUGUUAAUUUUGGGUGAAAGGUUUGAUGUUUUGACUUGUCCCUGGAUGUACAUACAUAUAUUUCUUUUCAAUGAUAAACAAUUAAGUGUAAAUAUAUAUAUUUGUAAAUAAGAGGAUGAUAUCCGCUGGACAUGAGUGGUUGGAUUAUCCUCUUAGCCUUGUCAAAUAGAAGUAUUAGAAAUAUAUGGUAGAAGUAUUAUAACAUUUAGCAUAGUGAUAAUAAAUUAAAAUUAUGUAGUUAUCACAAAUUAAUGAUAUUUUCACAUCCCUGUUUCAAGAAGUUGCAAAACAUCUAUAAAGAAAGGCUGUGGAUCAUCCAAGCACUGGAUUCCAAGAUUUUGUGUUUAUUGUGUUACUAGGAUAUAUACUUCCUCUCUUUGAAAGAAUGUCUGUUUAUGUGUAUUCCCCAGUGUAUCAUCACAGGAUGAUUCCCUUUUUAUGUGUUGGUAUGUCAAGUGGCAAUGGUUUAUUUUUCUCUGUCUAUCCAAUCAAUUGCAAAUCCAAAACUCUAGCCUGGCAGUGGUAUCCCUAAUGCCAUCUAACUGCAUGUUUCUAUAUAUUCAGCAUAAAUGUAAUUACUCAGUGAUGCCAUCUGACAGCACUUGUUAAGAUAUUCUGUGUAUGUAUUUACUGUUGUUAUCAGUGAUGCCAUCUGACUGCACUUAUUAUAUAUUCAGUAGUAAACUAUUGCUCAGUUGGUAUCAGUGAUGCCAUCUGUAUUCAGUGUAUCACAAUAUUGCCUGUUCUGUGUGGUGGCUGUUGUAAUUUUGUAAAUAUUUCACUGUUAUUUAUAUAUUUGAAGAAUUUUGAAAUGAUGGGAGUAAUAGUUGUUACAUUUCUGGGAGCUUUCAUUGUUUCUUUUUUUUAAUAAACAAAUUAUCUAUGGA